AUGACGCCCAUGAAUACACUAAGAAGUGGGCUGGCCGUAUCUGUGCUUAAUGGCUGCUUAUAUGCUGUGGGAGGUGGGGAUGGAAGCUCAAUUUUUGGAUACUGUGGAAAGCUCGGACUGGCCGUGGUCAAUGAAAAACUACUCGCUGUGGGUGGGAACGAUUUCACUGCUGACCUGGACACCGUGGAGAUUUUUGAGCCCGACAAAAAUCACUGGAAAAAUCACAGUUGCAUGAAUGACGGACGAAUUGGAGCUGGUGUCGGUGUUAUCCGGAUGCCAUAG